UUCUAUUUUUUUUUCUCAUCCACUCUCUGAAAACCACUUCAUAUUUAGCAAAAUCAUAAGAACUCAAAACAUAAACUAACAACAACAACAAAAAUUCCCCAACUUAGGUAUAUUUUUUUUUUAAAAAAUCAUGGGAAGAGGUAGGGUUCAAUUAAAAAGGAUUGAAAACAAGAUCAACAGACAAGUUACUUUUUCCAAAAGAAGAGCUGGUUUAUUGAAGAAAGCUCAUGAGAUCUCUGUUCUUUGUGAUGCUGAAGUUGCUUUAAUUGUCUUCUCCCAUAAAGGCAAACUCUUUGAGUACUCAACUGAUUCCUGUAUGGAAAAGAUACUUGAACGCUAUGAAAGGUAUUCCUAUGCUGAGAGACAGCUUGUUGCUACUGAAUCUCAACCUCAGGGCAACUGGUCCAUGGAGUAUAAUAGACUUAAGGCUAAGGUUGACCUCUUGCAGAAAAAUCACAGGCACUAUAUGGGAGAAGAUUUGGACUCACUGAGUCUCAAGGAGCUACAGAAUUUGGAACAACAGCUUGAUACUGCUAUUAAACACAUUCGAUCUAAAAAAAACCAACUCAUCUCCGAGUCAAUCUCUGAGUUGCAGAGAAAGGAGAAGGCAAUACAGGAGCAAAACGCCAUGCUAGCAAAGCAGAUCAAGGAAAGGGAGAAAACGGUGGCGCAGGCACAGCAGUCGCAGUGGGGGCAGCACCAACAGCAGCUUGGCCUCAACACAUCAACAUCUUUCCUGCUGCCUCAGCCGCCGCAUCCUUGUUUGAAUAUCGGUGGGACAUACCAGGAAGAAGCAACUGAUCAAGUGAGGAGGAAUGAACUUGACCUUACCCUUGAACCUAUUUAUACCUGCCAUCUGGGAUAUUUUGCUGCAUGAAACUGGUACUCUAAAUACAUACAUAUAUACAUAUACAUUGUAUGCAUGCAUGCAUGUAUGUAUGUAUAUAUGAGAAUGCUUUGAUUUAGCAGCUAAUUAUGAAGUUUUGGAUUGUGUGAAUAUAGGCAGAAAUGGAGUUGCAUUAUCAUGGCAUGCUAAAAGGAAAAAGAAAUUUGUUGGAAACUCAUGGCUUUUUAUGUAUGUUACUACUUUGACAUAUAUAUAUAUAUAUAUGUCUAUGAUAAGUGUAUAAUAUAUCUAUGGAUCUCGGAUUUCCCAUUAUUAGUUAUCAAGUUCCAAUUUAUUAAUUAUCCAGGCUUUUUAUUGUAAA